UUAAUGCUGCAAUCAGAAAUGUUUCAGUUAUUCCCGAAGUGCGAACAACUCCAAAUUGCAAUGUUUUUCAUUACGAUUCAAGGAAAUUUCCCAUCAAUUUUAAAAAAUAAACCAAAUUUGAAGACCAUAUAUCAAGCUUAUUCCUACUUCUUGCUAAUCUAUUUCAUAAUAUUCAACAUAACAGUCUACAUAAAAUUCGUUCUGUUACUAAAUGAGGCACCAAUAGACUUCACCGAACUUUUCCUAAAUCUAACGAUGAAUUUUUAUUUCACCGUGACGAUCUGGAAAACGCUGAUUUUCAAAAGAUCGGUUUUUCAGCAGAUGAUUGACGAUAUAAUUUUGUGGGAAAAAACUAUUUUGGCGAGUAAUGAUCACACCCUCAAGGGAAUCUACAACUAUUAUGUUAGACAAACUAAAAUUGGAAGCAGAAUUUACAUUCUUUUUGUAAUAGUCGGUGGCAUGCUGUUCAAUUUUCAUCCACUGGGAUUUGAAUCGAUCAUAAUAAACAACAACAACUCAACAUCGCUAAAGAGACCAUUACCUUUAUCAUCAUGGUUUCCAUGGGACGAGCAAAAGUAUUACAGUCUCAGUUACACGUUUCAUAUUUUGGAUGUUACCAUGGCGUCUCUUUUUAUGGCGAGCACAGAAACUCUAUCUUAUGCCAUUACGAUUUAUCUUUUAGGUCAAAUCGUUAUUUUUAAUUCUAUAUUGAGUAAUUUCCAACUGUAUUGCUGGAAAAUUCAAGAUCAGUUGAAAGUCGAUUAUGAAAAUGCGAUUUUUCUCACACUACGCGAAUGCGUGAAAAAGCAUAACGAAAUAAUAAAACAAAUAAAAAUUUUCAACAGGGAAAUGAAAAAUGCGAUUCUUUACGAUUUUCUCCAAAGCUCUAUGGGUCUAGCAGCUGGAGUAUUAAAUUUAAUUUACUUCGAUGUGACUCCUUUCAAAUUAAUGUUUUUUGGGACAUUUAUUUGCGGAGCAUUUGUAAGGAUUCUGGUGAGCUAUUGGUAUGCCAAUGAAAUCAUUGUACAAAGUUCCAACAUGUUGACAUCCCUUUGGAACAGCACCUGGUACGAUGAACCGGAGAAAACAAAAAAAAUCAAAUAUUUAAUGAUGUUGGUGUGUUCAAGACCUUUGUAUAUAGACAUUGGGCCAUUUACCAAUAUGUCUCUGCAAACUUUAAUUAGGAUUGUAAAAGCAACUUAUUCAUACAUGACGCUGAUUUAUAAAAGCAAAAAUUAGGUCCAUUCUAGCACAUAAAUAAAUAAUUGGAAAAGCUCUAAAAAAAUAUGAUAUAGCAAACACAUAUGUAGGGAAUUUUGUAUUAGUACGUAGUAUUAACGUUUUAUUUGAAAAAAACUACUUAUAAAAUAUUAGUAAAAAUUAACCAAAACUGCAUACUCAC